AUGCCUCGUGUAAAAGGAAUCCCAAGAAAAGCUAUUAUUUCGCGUCCACAAGAAGAAAGCAGUUCUCGGUCCUGGAAUCAAGAGAGUGAACGAAACGAAGAUGCUCUGCUUGAACCAAUCCAGGAAUUCCAGCAAGAUUCUACAACUCAGAGAAUUGGCGGCGAGGAAGAUGCCAAUCCUGGACCUUCAUCGCAGGCGAACAAUGAUUUAAAUUUGAAGGAAAACAACGAUCGUCGAAUGGAGGAAUUCCAAGAGGUGGAAUCACAGAGAAAAUCUUCUGCUUCUACUAAAACUGGCUCAAACGGCGGUAGAAAACAAUACAAAAGAGGCAAAUGCUGUGAAUGCAACGAGGUGUAUAUCAAUAUUUCCAUGCACUCCAGGCGCAAGCACAAUGGAAAGUUGGAAAAGUGCACCGCCUCUGAUCGUGUUUGCAAAGAUCAUUUUGCCUCAGUUCAAAAGAGAAUCGAGCACGAGCAACAGGAGCAUUUGGAACGAAAGGAAUUCCAGUGCCAGUUCUGCCAUUACUCGGCAGAGCAGAAUCGCAACUUAAAAAGACAUGUUCUUACUAUGCAUUCGGAAAAGAAAAUCAGAUGUGGACAGAAGAAAUGUGGCAAGAUGUUUGCUUCAAAAGCAGAUUUGAAACAGCAUGUCAAGAUGUGUCACACAAUGGUAAAAUGUCCCAAAUGCGGCAGAGACAUGAGCCGCUAUGCACUUGUUCAGCACAAGCAGCGAAUUGUUGAGUGUGCUUAA